AUGGCCGAUGAGAAGACCUUCCGCAUUGGAUUCAUCGUGCUGGGCUUCUUCCUGCUGGCCCUGGGCACCUUCCUCAUGAGCCACGACCGGCCCCAGGUCUACGGCACCUUCUACGCCAUGGGCAGUGUGAUGGUCAUUGGGGGUGUCGUCUGGAGCAUGUGCCAGUGCUACCCCAAGGUCGCCUUCAUCCCGGCUGAUUCUGACUUCCAAGGCGUCCUGUCCCCGAAGGCGCUGGAGAAUGGGCUUGCUGUUGAGAUGAAGAGCCCCAGCCCCCAGACCCCCUACGUGCGGCUGUGGGAAGCAGCUGACUACGACCAGAGUCUGCCCGACUUCAGCCACAUGCAGACAAAGCCUGGAGACAUCCGCGAGGACCCCCAGCUGGGAGCCAGCAGGGAAGCCCCCAGGGAGGCGGCCGUGGUGGUACACAGGGGCCCGGACGCAGAGCAGGGAGGGAGCACCCUUGCCCAGAGCCCACCCGGCCCCCCAGUUUGUUCGGAGGGCUCCGCGCCCUUGGCUUCCUUCCAAGAUGACCUGGACGUGGGCAGCACCCCCAGCGAGGGCAGCACCCCCAGCCCGUCUCCGCCGGGGGAGGAGGAGCCUCGGGCCCCCCACGCUGACCCCUGGGCCUGCAGGUGCCCACUGGACCACUUCCACGACUUUGCCCUGAUCGACGCCCCCACGGUGGACGACGAGCCCACGGAUGGGCAGCGGCGGAUGGCAGCCCCACCUGGCUCCUGGCCGCGCCCCCGCAGGGGGAAGGAGGAGGCACAGCCGGAGGAGGAAGACUUGUACUACGGGCUGCCAGAUGGGCCCGGGGACCCCCUCCCGGACAUAGAGCUGGACUUGGAACCCGAUGCCCAGGGCUGA